ACUUGUAUUGCAUCUGACCAACAUCUCGGUCAUAAAUUCACAAAAAUAUUGCAAGCCCUGGAUAAAAAGAAAGAAAACAUUAUCCUGCAAAGAAAUGAAUUAACAGAGAAAAUUUACCCUACCUACCAGGACAUUGCCUCUGAUGUACAAAACAGAAUGAGUCAGUUAGAAAAGGAAUUUGGAGAUCUCUCAACAACCAUAACAAAACAUGGAGAGGACUGGCACAGAGAAAUUGAUAAACUUGUCCAACAACUUAAAGCUGAAGUUGAUGAGAUGAAAAACACGCAGUUACAAACUCUACAGAAACAUCUAGAUGAAAUAAACCAGAAAAUGUCUGAUAUUGAUUAUGUUUCUGAUGAAAUCGACAUUUCCUUAAACUCUAAUGACAUUUCUGAUGUAUUUGGUAUCAGCUUUGAAAUUGAUAAAUACAGAAAGAUUCCACCUAAAAUCAUGGUCUCAUUACCUACAUUUAAUUUGAAGAAACUCCCUGCUGAACAAUUGUCUUCGCUAUUUGGAACACUGUCAUCGUCAUCUGCUACAUCUACUUUUAUAGAACAUGGCUACAAGUACAGCAUGAAGACAACACAGAAAUCACCAGAAGCUGAAUCCUCUCUUCCAGUCAAACAGCUGCUUGAUGAACCAGAGACUGUCACCACCAUACACACUUGGUAUCAAUAUUAUCUUUGCAAUGUAGCCUGGCUAAGUGAUGAAGAAAUCUGGACAAGUGGAAAUGACAACAUCAUGAAUCUCCACAGCAUCGAUCAGGGAUCACUACUCCAGUCAAUCAAAACCAUGUCAGAGUACGAACCGAGUAACAUAGCAGUGACAAAAAGUGGAGAUCUAGUUUAUUCUGAUUACUGGGAUAGAACUGUGAACAUUGUAAAGAAUGAGAAAAUAGAAGAGGUUAUAAGACUACAAAACUGGAGACCUCAAGGUGUCUGUAGUACCUCCUCUGGUGACCUCCUGGUUAUCACGAUCAGUGAUGAUUACAAACCAAACAAAGUUGUCCGUUACUUUGGCUCCACAGAGAAACAAACCAUUCAGUUUGAUGAUAAAGGUAAACCAUUCUAUUCAUCUGAUACCAGAUACAUAACUGAGAACAGGAACCUUGAUAUCUGUGUGUCUGACAGUGGAGCUAAAGCAGUAGUGGUGGUCAAUAAGGCCGGGAAAUUGAGAUUCAGGUACACUGGACAUACUCCUGCUCCAAAGAUUCAACCAUUCAGUCCACUGGGAAUCACCACAGACAGUCAGAGUCACAUCCUUACGGCUGAUUUUAACAAUGACUGUGUUCACAUCCUAGACCAGGAUGGACAGUUCCUCCAUUACAUAGACUGUGGACUGAGCUAUCCCUGGGGACUGUGUACAGAUACAAAUGACAAUCUGUUUGUUGCGCAGUAUAGAAAAAGUCAAGUGAAGAAAAUCAAAUAUCUGGAAUGAAAAACAUUGUUGUAA